AUGAUAGAAGCAUUUAUUGGUGCUUUUCUCAUUUCAAGUAAUUAUACAACGACGAUCAAAUUUAUGUAUUGGCUUGGUCUUGAUGUUAUUCCAGUCAGUAAACAAGGCAACUUAAUGGAACUUCCAUCAGUUCUCCGUUCAAAUAUAGCUGCGAAUAAUGAAGUUCAGAACAAUGAGAUAAUCAAUAAAUUUUUUCUUGAUCGAGCAUUUAAUGAAGUUGAAACUAAAAUCCAAUACGUCUUUCAAACUAAGGCAUAUCUUAUUGCAGCAUUUACUCAUUCAUCAAGUUUUGCUAAUCUUGUAACAGAUAGUUAUGAACGAUUAGAAUUUCUUGGUGAUGCCAUACUUGACUUUUUAGUUACACGCCAUGCAUUCAUAAAUUACAAUGAAAUGUUGACACCUAUUACUGAUAUUCGUCAAGAUAUAUCGAACAAUGAUCGUCUUGCCCAUAUUUUGGUUGCUUGUGGUCUUCAUACAAAGAUCCUUCAUAAUUCAACUGAUUUAUUUGAUCAUAUUUCUUCAUAUGCUAGUAAUGAAGAUUUAUUUCCAAAAGAUCAAUCAACUGAUCAAUAUCUGAGUAAAGAUCUUGAUCGAUGGGCCAAUUCAACAGCGCCCAAAGCUUUGGCUGACGUAUUCGAAGCACUUGUCGGUGCCAUCUUUCUUGACUCUGGUAAUUCUUUAGAAACUGUCUGGCGAGUUGUCGAACCUCUACUUCGAAAAUAUCUUGAUCGAACGAUUAUUCAUCCUAAUUUAAACCCGAUAAGAUCAUUCUCAGAACAUGGUGGCAAAGUAAUCGAAGAGUCAAUAGAGAAAGGUGGUGAUAGCCCAAUGACAGUAUGUGUUGUUCAAAUGCCGAAUGGUGCUAGAUUCGAAGGAUAUGGAUCAAAUAAGAAAAUAGCCAAAGCAAAUGCAUGCCGAGAAGCAAUGAAACAACAUCAGCACAACGAACAAACAUGUCAACAAACAGAGUGA